AUGGCGAAAUUUAAAAUGAAACUUUGUCAGCGAUGGCUUCUUUUUGUUUUGUUUAUAGCUCUACCAGGGGUUUUAAGCUUUAGCGAGUUGUCCUUCAUCACAGAGCCCAGUGAUGUGAUAGUCUUACCAAAGGAUCCUGCUGUCCUUGACUGUCAGGCUCAUGGGCAGCCUCCAGUCUCCAUCAAGUGGCUUAAGAACGGAGUCCGCCUGACAGAAAGUGAGCACAUACAAUUUCUGCCCAACGGCUCCUUGUUCAUACCAAAGAUAAAACACACCACGGAGGAAUCGGAUGAAGGAUUCUACCAGUGCCUCUCCCAAAACAAAUUCGGAGCUAUCCUAAGCCAAAGAUCUCGUCUGACUAUCGCAACUAUUUCUGAGUUUCUCACUCAUCCAGUGCCUAUGGUGGUGACCGAGGGCUCAGUGGCACGGUUUUCCUGUGCAGUGGCCUCCAACCCUCCAGCCACCAUCACCUGGGAGCUCAACCAAAGCACACUACCACUAUCAACAAACAGAAUUACUGUUUUGCCAAAUGGAGUACUCCAAAUCCACAAUGUACAGCUAGAGGAUGCUGGACAAUAUCGGUGUGUCGCAGCUAACAUCGGUACCCGUCUAAGCAGCAAAGAAGCAACUCUCACAGUCAAUCAAGUAACAGGCCCUGUACCCCGCCAAAGACCCAGGAUCAUUGCUGGACCACAGAACAUCACAGUGUCUCUCCAUCAGACUGUGGUUUUGGAGUGUGUGGCCACUGGGAAUCCUUGGCCUAUCAUCUCCUGGAGCCGCGCUGACAGUAAACCCAUUGACGUGUACAAUGCCAAAGUCCUGGGAAAUGGAAACCUGGUUAUCACCGAUGUUAAUGUCAAACACAACGGGGUCUACCUCUGUAGGGCCACGACGCCAGGGACGCGGAACUAUACCAUUGCUGCUGCUAAUCUCACUGUCCUUGUGCCCCCAUCCAUUGUGGAAAAACCCGAAAGCCAAACCCGUCCAAGAGCAGGGACAGCGAGGUUCAUGUGCCAGGCUGAAGGAGAGCCCCCGCCCCGAAUAAGUUGGCUCAAGAAUGGAGAAGAGGUCCAUUUGAACGGCAGAAUUAAGCUGUACAACAGUAAACUGGUGAUAACUCAGAUCAUCCCAGAAGACGAUGCCAUCUACCAGUGUGUGGCAGAGAGUGAACAGGGCUCUGUGCUGUCCUUGGCUAGACUCAUUGUUGUCAUGUCUGAGGACAGGCCCAGUGCACCUAGAAACAUCCACGCGGAAACCAUCUCCAGUUCAGCCAUCUUACUGGCCUGGGAGAGACCUCUUUACAAUGCAGACAAAGUCAUUGCUUAUUCCAUCCAUUAUAUGAAAGCUGAAGGUCUUAACAAUGAAGAAUACCAAGUUGUUAUUGGAAAUGACACAACAAGUUACAUCAUCGAUGACCUGGAACCAGCACGAAACUACAGCUUUUACAUCGUGGCCUAUAUGCCAAUGGGAGCUAGUCGUAUGUCUGACCAAGUCAGUCAACAUACUCUGGAAGAUGUACCGCUUCGGACACCUGAGCUAACCCUGACCAGCCACAGCUCCACAGACAUCCAGGUGAAGUGGAAUCCGCUUCCUGCCAAACUGAGCCGUGGUCGGGUGUCUGCCUAUCGCCUCUCCUAUCGUACUGCAGCGGAUGCCUCAGUCACCUCAGUGGAGUUGCCCCAAAACACCACAGAGUACCUCCUGGAGGAUCUGCAGCCGGACAGCAUCUACCUGCUGCGGAUGGCUGCUUCGACUCGGGCUGGGUGGUGUGAGCCCUCAGCCUGGACCUCCCAUCGCACUCCCAGAACCACCAGCAGCAAAGUACCUUCAGCCCCUAUCCUGCAGUUGGAGCCCCUCAACUGUACCUCAGUAGUGGCCCGUUGGCAGCCCUCCUCAGACUCUGUACCUGUCCUGGGGUAUAGGCUGGUUUACCACGAGGAAGACCAACCAGAGCAGCCCACCAUCCAACUGCAAGCUCUCAACUACACUUUUACCAUCACUGGCCUUGAUCCAAGGAGAAAAUACCAUGUGAAGAUCCUCGCUAUAGGUCAAGCGGGAGAAGGUUAUCAGACUGACCAAACUGUAACUACACCUGGAUGUCUGUCCACCAGAGACCAGCUCGCAGCCACCCCUCCUGCUCCAAACAACUUGAUAGUUCUGGCUAAUAACUCCACCUCUGUGUCCCUGCGGUGGAGUCGCCCUGCCUACACCUCAGGGAAAGCUGUGAGCUACACGGUCCGCUGUACUCCUGUGGGCACACACAAUGCCUCUGCCAUCAGAUACCUGCAGACUACCAAGCAGACUGUAGUGAUUCUGAAGCUCCAUCCAAAUACCCGUUAUGAGUUUGUAGUGCGUCUUCAUGUUGACCAGAUGUCCAGUCCAUGGAGCUCUGUUGUUUACCACCAAACUUUGCCGUCAGUGCCAAACCACCCACCUGCAGCCGUCCGGGUUACUUUGAUUGAAGAUGACACUGCGUUGGUGUCUUGGAGAGAGCCUCCUGAACCUAAUAUUGUGGUCACACACUACACCAUUAUGUACGCCUCGCAGAAAUCAUGGUUGGCUGGAAACUGGCAAAUUGUGCAAAGAGAGGGAAGUCAUACAAUGGCUCUGUUAGAACAACUGGACCCCGGGAGCAUUUACCUGGUGAAGAUCUCUGCGUCGAACCAGGUUGGGGACGGACCAUUCUCAAACCCGGUGGAGCUGGCUCUAAAGAGAGGAAGUGCACAUCGCACAAAGAACCCGAGGCACUCAGAUAGCUUCCCAGACACCACAGUGUAUUCUGAUGGCCUCUACCACAUUGACCAGAAGUCCAUGACAGGGAUCAUUGUUGGAGUGAGCAUUGCUUUGGCUUGUAUCAUUAUGUGUGCCCUCAUUCUCAUCAGCAAAGGCAGACCAAGAAAAACGUCUGGCCACAAAGUGAUUGCUGUUGGGAACCCUGAUAUAUUAAGACCUGGUAUAUCUCUCCCUAAUGAGCGUCAUGUGGAAAAUGUGGAAGCCUUGAUUCCAAUGAUGCGGGACCAUUUUAUUGAUGCCAAGGGUGGAUCCACUAUAAUUAUAAAUAGUGGUGGCCCAGUCAACGACAAGAACCAAAGCAAGAAAUGGCUACUCUUCAGCAAAGAGAGAAACAGCGCCACUGAGAACGAUGUUGAAAGCAGAGCCUGUUUGUAUGAAGCUGGUAAAACCGUCCUCACAUAUGAAGACCGUUUGGGGGCAGCUCCGCUCCCACCCUCCUCCAGAGAGAUCAUCUAUGGCCCACUCCACUCAGAGAGCUCUCACUCCAGCGAAGGCAGCCAGGAAACAGGAGACUCCGGACAUUACUCCAACGAAGUCAGCAGCGAAGAGAUGAGCAACCCCUCUACCUCCGAAACCUCCAGACCCGCAUCAUUUGGCCCAGAAGACGAAGUCCCUACUGUCUCCAAACUAAAGCAGUCGUUUGAAGUAGAAAACCAGGAGAUGCGAGGACACCACAAACAUCACUCCACCUCUAAUGCCCCUCACUGCAACACAGAGGCCUCCCAUCCCGAUCAGCACUUGUCCCAAGCUGUCGACUCCUGA